AAUGCAGAAAUACCCCUAGGCUACAGAACUAAAUACCUAGCUACGAAAGAGCUCUUUAAAACAAUCCUAUAUUCACCCAUACAUAAAAAACAAUUUGAGAGGAAUCGCACCAGAAAAAAACGGAAGAAAAACUACCUAGAAAUAUUAUACACGGUGUUGCGUACGCAGAUGGAUGUCGCACGACAUGGCUCUCCGGGUUGCUCGCGUCGCGCGACAACAUGCGGAGGUGUGCGUGUCAGGUGCGUAAGAGAGGUCAACGCGGGUCACAGCGAACAGCUGACGUGUCCUGCGUCGCUCGGAGACAGUGUGUCGAUAGCGAGCAACGGGUUAACAGCCAAAGUCGGGCAAGCGGGUUUUAACGUGUAAUAAAUGUUCGUUUAAGUUUUAAAGUGUAUUUCAUGUUGUGUCGUAUCAGUGUUCAAGCCGUUUAUCCGAAACGCACCCAAGGACGUAACAACUGGCGACGAGGAAACGGAACGUCCAAACCCAGCAACACGCAUCAAUUCGAGCCACCAUCGCAUUUCAUCGAAGCGAAGCGACGCCGCGUCCCAAGCAGAAUCCGCCAUUGAGAACGCCAAACCGAAAUGGAACCGAACCAUAUGGAUUUCACCGUAGAAGAAGAUCCCAGGCGUCUUUCUAAUCCAAGGCAAGCACCGCCAAGUGUAGCAAAUAAUUACAACGGUGCUCCUAUUUUUCAGCCAGUUAAUGCCGCCCCCGACUCGAACGACAACGCUGCGCUAUUACAUAUGAUGCAGCUGAUGCAGCAACAGAUGGCCCAGCAACAGGAGCUAGUGAUGCAGCUCAUGAGGCGAAAUGCACCACCGAGCCACAAUGCCGAAGCACCGGCGGAAUCAACUCAAAACUUCAUAGCAAGGUCAGUAACAGAAUAUGUGUACGAACCAGAUGAGCACAAAACGUUCGCCGCUUGGUAUGCUAGAUACGAGGAGCUUUUUGUUAAAGAUGCAGCGCACGUUGACGACGCAGCGAAAGUCAGAAUGCUUUUGCGGAAGUUGGGCACAGCAGAGCAUGAGCGGUAUUCGAAUUUUGUGCUCCCGCAGCAUCCUCGCGAUUUUUCUUUCAAAGACACAGUGAGUAAACUAAAGACGCUUUUUGGCCCAAAAGAGACGGUUCUGAGCAAGCGAUACAAAUGUUUAAGGAUUGAAAAAGCUCGUACGGAAGAUAUAAUGGCUUACGCGUGUCGAGUGAAUCGUGCUUGUGAAGAUUUUGAGCUGAAGGCGUUGUCGGAGAACCAGCUAAAAGCAUUAGUUUUCGUGUGUGGUCUUAAAAGUGAGCGUGACAUUGAAUUUCGUACCAGGCUGCUAAACAGAAUCGAGAAAAACAGCGAAAUCACAUUGGAACAGUUGGCGUCGGAAUGCCAGAUGAUUAUUAACGUGCACGCCGACAGCACAAUGAUAGCAGAUGAGAACAAAAGAGUAGCAGCGUUAACAAAAUGGCCGUCAAAACGAAAUAUGCCGCCGAAAGAGCAUGGCGCACCACGCUUUCAAAAUGGCUCAGGUCCAUCUGGUGAUAAGCCCAAAAACCCAUGCUGGCUUUGCGGUACGCAGCAUUGGGUACGCGAGUGUGUAUAUAAAACUCACAAAUGCAGGCAAUGCGGCAGAAUAGGACAUAAGGAUGGUUUUUGCCGUAACAGAGGGUACCAGCAAAAGAAUAAUUACAGAAGAUCAGCCGUAAAAGUGGUUCGAGUGAAUGCAUGCGUUGUGACAAGUAGAAGGAAAUACGUCACAGUUUCAGUGAACGGAAAGCCAGUGCGUUUACAGUUGGAUACAGCAUCAGACAUCACCGUCAUAGGCCAGCAUACGUGGCAGCAGCUAGGAAAGCCACCGCUCAGGCAUCCAACAGUGAAAGCGCUUACAGCAUCAGGCUCACAGUUCCAACUGAUAGGAGAAUUUUCUGCACCUCUCGUGAUCCGGAACGUGAAACGAAUGGCGACUGUUCGUGUGGCAAUGGUGGAUGUGCAGCUGUUGGGGACAGAUGUGAUUGAUCUUUUUGAGCUAGAGUCUGUUCCAAUGAGCGUUUUCUGUAACAACGUAGUCACAACAGCAGCAAGAGCGUCGUCAUCGGUUUUUGAAAGAAUGUAUCCGGAAGUUUUUGGCGAAUCGGGGUUGUGUACGAAAGCACAGGUGCCGUUACGGUUAAAGGAAGGAGUUCGGCCCGUAUUCCGCCCGAAGAGACCAGUAGCCUAUGCGAUGAGAGAGAUAGUAGAAAAGGAACUGGAUAGGCUGGAAGCAAAUGGAGUAAUUACGCCGGUUAACUAUGCUGACUGGGCAGCGCCCGUUGUGAUCGUAAGAAAAGCAAAUGGAAAGAUUCGAAUAUGCGGAGAUUAUUCUACUGGAUUAAAUCAGGCUUUGCAACCGCAUGAAUACCCACUACCCAUCCCGGAAGAUAUUUUUACCAAGUUGGCACAUAGCAAGAUUUUUACAACGAUUGACCUCACGGAUGCUUUUACUCAGGUGCAGGUAGAAGAAAAGUUUAGGCCAUUGCUUACCAUAAACACUCAUCGAGGCCUUUAUCAGUACAAUCGACUCCCGCCUGGAAUUAAAAUAGCACCUGCAGUAUUCCAGCAACUGAUUGAUACCAUGUUAGCGGGCAUGAGCAAAGUAUGUGGCUAUAUGGAUGAUUUAAUCAUCGGUGGUCUGACACAAGAAGAGCACGACGCAAAUGUUAGAGAGGUUUUAAGUCGCAUUAGAGAGUACGGAUUCACGAUACGAGCAGACAAAUGCAUUUUUGGCAUGAAGCAGAUCCGGUAUCUUGGGCACAUUAUUGAUGGAAACGGCAUACGCCCAGACCCAAAGAAGAUCGAGGCAAUUGUUAACAUGUCACCACCUGUAAACACGUCAGAAGUACGUUCAUUUGUAGGAGCUAUCAACUACUACAGCAAGUUUGUGCCGAGAAUGAGAGAUCUCAGAUACCCAUUGGAUAGCCUCCUCAAGCACGGCGAGCAGUUUCGUUGGACGAAACAAUGUGCAGAAAGUUUUCAAAAAUUCAAGGAGAUACUCUCAUCAGACCUUUUGCUCACCCAUUAUGACCCGAAAGCAGACAUCAUCGUCUCAGCUGAUGCAUCAUCAGUGGGUUUAGGAGCCACAAUAAGCCACAAAUUCCGCGACGGUACAGUAAAAGUGGUUCAGCACGCAUCAAGAGCGCUCACCGAGACAGAGAUGAACUACAGCCAGAUAGACCGCGAAGGUCUUGCAAUCAUUUUCGCGGUAACAAAAUUUCAUAAAAUGUUGUAUGGCCGGCAUUUUAAGUUGCAGACUGAUCAUCGACCACUCUUGCAGAUUUUUGGAUCGAAAAAGGGUAUACCCAUUUAUACUGCAAACAGAUUACAACGUUUUGCCCUUAUUCUGCAACUUUAUGAUUUUGAUAUCGAAUACAUCCGCACCGAUAAUUUUGGAAAUGCUGAUCUACUGUCUAGGCUCAUCAGAACGCGAUCUCAGCCGGAAGAAGAAUACGUCGUAGCGACCAUUGAGUUGGAAAAGGAUGUACGAUCGGUCGCUGUAAAUUCAUUACGCUCGCUUCCGCUAAACUUCCAGGACGUCGUAUCACACACCCAAGCAGACAGCGUGCUCGUAUAG